UGAACGCUUCCUCUUUCUCCUUUUCGUGACUAGUGUGUCAACAUUUCGCCUAAAUAAGUGAACGCACGCGACGGAAGAAUGUCGGAAACCGGCAACCGACUGCGAAAGCUGCUCGAAUCGCCUAAUUUUGACCCGCAAAAUUACGUCAAGCAGCUGUCGCAGCAGUCCGAUGGCGACCGAGACCUCCAGGAGCAUCGUCAGAAAAUCCAAAACCUGGCCGACGAAACGGCCCAGAACCUGAAGAAAAACGUCUACAAGAACUACAGGCAGUUCAUCGAGACGGCCAAAGAGAUCUCGUACCUGGAGAGCGAGAUGUACCAGCUGAGUCACAUCCUGACGGAGCAGAAGAGCAUCAUGGAGAGCAUCACUCAGGCCCUGCUGUCCGCAGACAAGGACGAGACCUCGAAGGAGAUGCAGGCUGCGUUCCCCAAAGAGACCGAGGAGCUGAAGCAGAGGACGCUGACCUCGCUGCUGGAGAAAGUGGAGGGGGGCAAAAACAUCCUGGACACUCCAGGGAGGCACCUCGUCUACAACGGGGACCUGGUGGAGUUUGACGUGGACAACAUGUCCCCCAUCCAGAAGGUCCACGCGUUCCUCAUGAACGACUGCCUGUUGAUCGCCACCUGGCUGCCGAACCGCCGAGGCACCGUGAAGUACAAGUACAACGCCCUGUACGACCUGGAGAGCUUCGCGGUGGUCAACGUGAAGGACAACCCUCCCAUGAAGGACAUGUUCAAGAUCCUCAUGUUCCCAGAGAGUCGCAUCUUCCAGGCGGAGAACAGCAAGAUCAAGAAGGAGUGGCUGGAGAUCCUGGAAGAAACCAAGAAGAGCAAAGUCACCAAGGACCGGCAGAAGCCCGAGGAGGAGGAGGCCCCGACGUCCCCCGCGAGGGCCGAGGUGUCCACCAACCCUUUUGACCAGGAAGACGACGAGCCGCCGGCCGCCGGGGAAAGUGUGGACCUCGGCAUCGAGUGGAUCCAGGAGCUGCCGGAGGAUCUGGACGUCUGCAUCGCCCAGAGGGACUUCGAGGGCGCCGUGGACCUGCUGGACAAGCUCAACGAGUAUCUCAAAGAGCAGCCGGUCACCCAGAGGGUCAAGGAGCUGCGGCUGAAGGUGGACGAGCGCGUGCGGCAGCUGACGGAGGUUCUGGUGUUCGAGUUGUCUCCAGAUCGGUCACUGAGAGGUGGACCCAAAGCCACCCGGCGGGCCGUGUCCCAGCUGAUCCGACUAGGCCAGUCCACCAAGGCCUGCGAGCUGUUCCUGAAGAACCGCGCGGCCGCGGUCCGGACGGCCAUCCGGCAGCUCCGCAUCGAAGGAGCCACGCUGCUCUACAUCCACAAACUCUGCAACAUCUUCUUCACCAGCCUGCUGGAGACGGCCAAGGAGUUUGAGAUGGACUUUGCGGGGAACACGGGCUGCUACUCCGCCUUCGUGGUGUGGUCCAAAUCGGCCAUGAGGAUGUUUGUGGACGCCUUCAGCAAGCAGGUGUUCGACAGUAAGGAGGGCUUGUCCACAGCAGCCGAGUGUGUGAAAGUGGCCAAGGAGCAUUGUCAGCAGCUGACCGACAUCGGCCUGGACCUGACCUUCACCCUGCAGUCCCUGCUGGCCAAAGACAUCAAGGCGGCCCUGCAGAGCUACAACGACGUCAUCAUCGAGGCCACCAAGCACCGCAACUCCGAGGAGAUGUGGAGGAGGAUGAACCUCAUGACCCCCGAGGCUCUCGCUAAACUCAAGGACGAGAUGCGCAGCUGCGGCGUCGGCAGCUUCGACCAGUACACCGGCGACGACUGCUGGGUGAACCUGAGCUACACCAUCGUGGCCUUCACCAAGCAGAUGAUGGGCUUCCUGGACGAAGGCCUGAAGCUCUACUUCCCCGAGCUGCACAUGGUGCUGCUGGAGAGCCUGAGGGAGAUCAUCCUGGUGGCCGUGCAGCACGUGGACUACAGCCUGCGCUGCGAGCAGGACCCGGAGAAGAAGGCCUUCAUCAUGCAGAACGCCACCUUCCUCCACGACACCGUGCUGCCGGUGGUGGAGCGGAGGUUUGAGGAGUGCGUGGGCAAGCCCGCCAAACAGCUGCAGGACCUGAGGAAGAGCACCAGGCCGGUUCGGAUCAACCCGGAGAGCACCAUCUCCAUGGUGUGAAGCUGCACGAAAAGAAUGACGUGCUCCUCCGCUGACUGUCGUGGCAAUUACUUUAGGAAUAGCUGCUCGGUGUUGGUUGUUUUGAGGUUCGCAGGACAGGAAAUGACAGAAUGCAUCAUGGAGAACGGAGGAAUACGAUACCUCGAGACGGGUAUGUGUAAACCACUAUUUGUACCGACUCGCACAAAAAUUGCCUUUCGAUGUCGGCUAAUAUUGAUGAGAAAUGAUCAGAUCUGUGAGAGACGACCCAUUGGAAAUGUCCCAUUUGUCAGUGGAAAAUUCAUUUUGAUCUACGUUCUAAUUUGCCACAUUGCAGUGUGUUUUCAUGUCAGUGCGUGUGUGUGUGUGUGUGUGUGUGUGUGUGUGUGGACACAUUUGUAUGAUCGUUAAAUUAAUACGGGACACAUUUCAAGCAGCUGAUGAAUAUAUAUAUAUACAUCUUCUGAUCAGACGGGUUAUGAGCAGUUUUGUGCUUGUGUUACCCAAUUCUCUCUAAUAAUUUCAAAAAACAACUUAUUAAAGCUAUUGGUAAACAAAUCCUCAUCUCAAUGGAUUGUGUACGUACUCUCCAUCAAAAAGUAAAGUAAUAUAUUAUGGUGUUUGAUUCCGACUCACUGGACUGCUGAGGCACUAAAUAUCAUUCACACAUAGGACCCAUGGAAGGGACGACUGAAGAGGAGACGCACUGUUGCCUGUUCACUGUUCUGAUAGUUCAGUUUGUGUUGGAGACAAACACAUGAAAUGAAAUAAAGAUCUUCAUGCACAGUC